CUGUAAACACUGACCUGAUGCGUUGAGGGCUCCAUUAUGAAGGGCUUAGGAGCAAACCGCAGCCGCCACCUGUCCGACUCCUGCGAACCGCCCGGGUGCACCCAAAAAGCACUCUGCCCUCUGAGUCCCGACACCCAUGGCACCUUCCUCCUCAGCCCGACCCUCAACCACUACGGCACGCUGGACCCCCACCUACACCAGUGCCUCCCCACCAGUCCGACCUCCCUCACCCCUGACUGCCUGUUACCAUUCGGGCCUAUAUCUAACAGCAGUACGUUUCCGAGACUGCAUUUUACCACGCAGAGUGAUCAGUCAGAAUGCCCCCAAGCGUGCAUGAGUGGGACAGGGACCGUGGGACAGGGUGGAAGGGCGCUGACCCAGUCUUUAUCUCUUGGAAUGGGUUUGGGCUUGGGGCUUUCUGGAGCUCCGAUGAUCACCAGCGGAUCCGCAACUAUCUCUUCCUCCGCAGCUGCUAAAAUGAACAGGCUACCGGCGAACCUUUUGGACCAGUUAGAAAGACACCUGCCGCUACACCGCGACGGCUUCAGUACCUUGCAGUUCCACCGGGGGCGCAUGUCCAAACAGCGCAGCGAGAGUCCAGGGCGUAUCCGUCACCUGAUGCAUUCGGUUCAAAAACUUUUCGCCAAGUCGCAAUCUUUGGAAAACUCAGCACUUAAGGGCAACUUGAAUGGCCGUUCACUUAGUGGGGCGGGGUCGGGUGAUGAAGGCGGGAGACAAAGCCGUAGAAGCAAGAGUAAAGAUAGGGCUAAGUCUGAAAUGCCAAGACAGAGAAUCCGUUCCACAGCUUUGGGUGGGCUUUGGGGUUCGGAUGACGCAUUGGACGUGGAUACAACCAAAUCGGGGACGCUCGCUAUGGGCUACCGCAACCCGUUGACCAUGAUGACGCUAGGCAGGGCAGUUUCGGACAGCCAGGCGAGGCAAAUCCCACAGGGCUACAACACUAUAUCUGCACACACGCUCAAGACCUCCAAAAGCAGCAGUGACCUCAAGUUUUUAGCGUGUCCAACGGCGCCGAUGGGAGGAUGUAAGGAUGAGGAGGGGAGGUUCAGGGGAAGUAAAGAUGACAUGUUGGUGAAAAGGGGGUCUUGGUCUACGCUGACGUUGACCCAGGCCAGGCAGGUUUUACAGAAGGGCUCUGCCACAGUGAACAGGACUCUACUCAAGACAAAGUCCUGCCACCAAGACAUGACUAACCAGUUUCUUCAGGUAGGAGGGUCUGUCCCGUCUGGAGACUGGGCAGGCACCCUGGGUCACGGACGGGGUAAGGGCACUGAGAUCCCGUGUCGAAGGAUGCGCAGUGGCAGUUAUGUGAAAGCCAUGGGGGACCUGGAGGACAGCGAGGACUCAGAGGGAAGUCCCAAACCGUCUCCGAAGAGCGCAGCGAGGAGACAGAGCUACCUGAAGGCAACGCAGAGGUCCCUGAGCGAGCAGCAGCCCCCUCCACCUCCUCGCAACUCCCUGCCCUGUCUCAAAGAGCUGACCACGAAUCGGAGCCUGGAUAACCUGGACUGUCUGGUGAGUCCAGUGGAAACACAGCCACGACACAGGAGCGAGUUCAGCUACUGCUCUGCUACUCUGGGAAGGAGCUCUCAGGUGUGUGUCCAGAGCUGUGGUCACUCGGGGCCGUACGGUGAGGGGGAGUCCCAGGCCGUGGAGGCUCUGGACCUGCCCGCUCCCACCUGUUUCCGCUCACGCUCCCACAGUUACCUGAGGGCCAUCCAGGCCGGCUGCUCCCAGGACGACGACACUUCUGUGGACUCCGACUCCCCUCCGCCCACCGCAACCAGCUACUGCUACAGCUCCAGCACACUCAACAACAGGAAAGCCCCCCCUCCAGUCCCACCCCGCACCACGUCCAAACCCCUCAUCUCCGUCACUCUCCAGAGCAGCACUGAAUCAGCCCAGGACACAUACUACGACCAGCAAGAUCGCGGCAGUGAAGCCAACAGCCAAUCAGGACGCAGCAACUCCUCGGACAGCCUCUGUAGCAUCCGCACGGGCAGCCUGGCAAAGGGCACCUACCCGACUGGUAUCAUCACACCAGCUGUUCCGGUGCCCAUCCCUAUUGCCACCACUGUUGUACCUCCUGUCCCUGCCCCAAGGGAUUUACCCCCAAACACAACUGCCCCUGCUAUUGCUGCUGCUGCUUCGACUGCCACUGCUAGUACUGCUACAGCUAAUACAGCUACUGCAACCACCUCAACUUCUACACAGUGUCAACAUGACACCCUGACUCCCAUUAUCACCCUUGACGAACCGCCAACAGCACCCAAAAGAAAGCUGUCUUCUAUUGGAAUACAGGUGGAUUGUAUUUUGCCAGUCCCAAGAGAAGAGCCACUCCCCUUAACAGCACCUUUAAAAUUCCAGUCCAUUGGGGUUCAAGUGGAGAACGGCAGGCCUCUGAGCAGAGACAACAGCAUGGCCUCCAGACAAAACACAGUGACUGAGCCGCUGGAGCCACAGGAGACCAAUUGUGUCAACACUGAGAAGGCAAACUGCACCACUACCAACGGACAAGACAAGCCUCAGCCUCUUCAAAAGACUGCCUCCUCCAGGAUAUGCUCCCCUCCCGAGUCUCUGGACCCUGCGCUGGACCCUUCUUCUUUGCCCCCGCCAGACCCCAGCCUCCAGACGGGCAACGGCAGCACGACGGCUCACGGCGAUGACCCCCAGUCCAGCACGCCCGCCUGCGCCAGGGACGGGAACUGGUUUCUCAAGCUCCUCCAGGCUGAGACAGGGCGCAUGGAGGGCUGGUGUCAACAGAUGGAGCAGGAGACCAAAGACAACCAACUGUCAGAGGAAGUACUAGGGACGAUUCGAAGCGCCGUCGGCAGUGCUCAGCUCCUGAUAUCACAGAAGUUCGAACAGUUCAGGGGACUGUGCAAUGAGAACCUGAAAAUAGAUGCUAACCCCAGGCCCACAGCGCAGGACCUCGCAGGGUUCUGGGAUUUGCUACAGCUCUCAAUAGAAGACAUCAGUAUGAAGUUUGAUGAGCUUUACCAGCUAAAGGCCAACAACUGGCAGCUUCCAGAGAAGACUGAAAAGAAGGAUGAAACCAAGCUUCCAUCAUCGGUGCCAAAGAAGCAGUGUAAGCCCAAACUGGCAGCGGGGAAGGACCGGAGCGUGGACAGUGCCGUGGACAAGCAGAGACAGGAGGCGCGGAAACGACUAAUGGCGGCGAAGCGGGCGGCGUCCGUGAGGCAAAACUCGGCCACAGAAAGCGCAGACAGCAUCGAAAUCUACGUCCCCGAAGCUCAAACGCGGCUCUGAGGACAAACCGGCGCUGAUCACCAUGACAACCCUCUUUGGACAUUUGACACAGACACAAAUUUGAGGACACAAGUCUAUUGGAUGCACUGAGGCUGAUCCAAAAGACGUGGGAUCAAGCGGCAUCAAUAUGAUCCAGUGUAAGCAGAUUUACCACCCUGCUGCCAUUGGACAGAACUCCAGAUGUUUAAUACUAUUGUUAUUAUUGUUAUUAUAAUAAUUAACAUAUAUCAAGACUUCUUACAUGUGCAAAUAUCUUGAAUAAGGACAACCCUGUACCUUGUGAACUGGUUCUUGGUAUCCCUGUGCAGAGUCUAUGGGCAGGCUGUCGGGCUGAGCGACCAUCUCCACUCUCAGGACACACAUGCAGCAGGUGCACUGUCCACCGUCUUCCUCUUCUCUGUCCCCGCUCUUUGUAAUAGGCUGCCAAUCACUGAUACCACAAGACAAGAUGGCGUUCACUCAGAGGUUAAAACGCAGAGAACUAGAGGAAGGCAGUAGCAUAUAUAUUAUAAAGAUCACACUAUUACAAUGUUUAUUUUGUAAAUGUUGUAUACCAAGAUUAUUUGUUAGAAAGAGGUCCGUGUUGAGUACCAAGGUAGUUUUUUAUAGCUUAAAUACAUGUACUAUCAUGACAUAUUAGCACUUGAUGCAACAAUCAUCACUCUGCUUGUCUCUUCCUCUCUUCACAAACACAACUAGUGUCUGUGAAAACUCAUAAAAGUCUUACAAUUUUUUAUUUCCAUGACUACACACGAGGAGUGACUGCCAGCCUGUGAUCCACUGUGGAAUGUAUGAAAUGUUUGCGUUCAAAGAUCAUAUGAACUUGAUCACUGCACUUAACCCAUCCAUGCCCAAUCAAGUCCUCUCCUCUUUCACUGCAUCCGUCUGCGAUGUAGGGGACCAAGACACAAUCCAUAUGUCAUAUAUUCAUGUGUAAGGCAUUCCCAAUCAGCUGAUUGUGCUCGGGUGGGGGUUGUACGCUCCUUGAAAGGCAAAUGAACAAGCAAUAAUAAAAUGUAUUGGAUCAAUGCAUAAAAUAACCACAAUAUUCUUCACUGCAGCAUGAAGGUUUAGUACUGACAGCUAUCUAAACUCUCAGGAUUUAAGGGUGCACUGUGUAACUUUUCCAGCAGGGAGUUUGCCACUUGCUUGUCUCCAUGAAGAUGUUGUUGAAAUGUUCCACGGUAUGACAUUAAACAUAUCUAUCUUGCAUUAAUUAUUAUUUUAUGCUCCAAAAUGUAUUGAGAAUACAUACAUCUUACUGUGAGUGUGCUUGCCUCUCACAGAUUUGACUUGUAAGUUGGAAUGGUAUCUUGCCUCCAAUUUAAUGUCAUACUGUGUAACAUUCUAGGCAAAUCAGUAACAUCUCCAUGGAGACAAGCAGGUGACAUACUCCCCACUAGAAAACUUCCACAGUGGACCUUUAAGCUUAGACAAUGAAACCACUAUUGAAGGAUUAUUUAUUACGUUGUAGAGCUUAAACGUGCGGUGUUAGGGAAAUAAUGGCUUGGUUGACUUAAUUUGAUUGCCAAAUCACUCUCUGGGCGGACUCUUCAGCAGCAGCUCCCACCCUUUGUAUGAAAUCUGUGGUACAUUUUUUAUUUAAGUCUCAUGUUAAUGUAAUAUUUUUGUGACAUAUGAAAUAAAGGCCAGCCUUAGCAUGGCGUGGCCUUUUACGUAGAAUAUAUAAUGGUGCUGUGAGGGGUUCAGGCCAACAUGGCAGUGGUCUACAUUUCAUUGUUGUUAUUAUUAAAAUGAUUUAUUUAAA